AUGUCGUCCAACUCGACCGCCGUGUCCUCACAGUCCGGCAUUGUGGGUGGUAGUAACCCAGCUGUCUAUGACUCCAAGAAUCCAAUCUUAGUAUUUAUUAUUCAGGCUGGCAUAAUCAUCAUCUUCUGCCGUCUUCUACACUGGCCACUGUCCAAAAUCCGCCAACCUCGAGUGAUUGCCGAAGUCAUCGGUGGCAUUCUCCUCGGCCCGUCUGUCUUCGGUCGUAUCCCGGGUUUUACGGACACCAUCUUUCCUUCCGCGUCGAUUCCCACUUUGAACGUUACUGCCAACCUGGGCCUGGUACUGUUCCUAUUCCUUGUCGGCCUAGAAACAGACUUGCGUUUUCUGAUCAGCAAUUGGCGCAUCGCUGCCAGCGUUUCCGCCGCCGGUAUGGCGUUGCCAUUUGGGCUGGGAUGCGCGGUAUCUUAUGGCCUGUACAACCAGUUUCGAAAUGACCCGGGAACUGUCUACGUUGAAUUUGGCACAUAUCUUCUCUUUGUUGGUAUUGCCAUGGCAAUUACGGCCUUUCCUGUUCUUUGCCGCAUUCUAACCGAAUUGAAAUUGCUCAAUACCAAUGUCGGCGUUAUCGUACUUUCGGCAGGUGUGGGUAACGAUGUCACUGGUUGGAUUUUGCUGGCGCUUUGCGUGGCCCUGGUAAACGCCGGCAGUGGGAUCACAGCCUUGUGGGUCUUACUCGUCGCUGUUGGCUACGUCCUAUUUCUUUCAUUGUUUAUACGCCCCGUUUUCAUGUGGUAUCUCCGCAAGACUGGGAGCCUGGAGAAAGGGCCAAGCCAGUCCGUUGUCACUGUGACCCUCCUAUUAGCCCUAGCGUCGGCUUUCUUCACCCAAGCCAUAGGUAUUCAUGCCAUUUUCGGUGGCUUCCUUGUCGGAUUGUUGUGCCCUCAUGAAGGAGGCUUUGCGAUCAAAUUGACCGAAAAGAUCGAGGAUCUCGUCGCAGCCAUUUUUCUUCCUUUGUAUUUUGCCCUAUCAGGUCUGCAGACAAACCUGGGCUUACUGGAUUCCGGUGCUGUUUGGGGCUAUGUUGUGGCGAUUAUCGCUAUCGCAUUUUUUGCGAAAGUAGCCGGCGGAACGCUUGCAUCGAGACUCACCGGUCUCUUGUGGAGAGAGAGUUUUACUGUUGGUGUUCUGAUGAGUUGCAAGGGUUUAGUAGAACUUAUUGUGUUGAAUAUCGGUCUUCAAGCCAAAAUUCUCAGCGAACGCACUUUCACCAUGUUUGUUGUCAUGGCCUUGAUAGUAACCUUCCUCACAACGCCACUCACCUCUCUUCUGUACCCGAACUGGUAUCAGGACAAGGUUACCCGAUGGAGACGUGGGGAAAUUGACUGGGAUGGCAAUGUCCUCAGCCAAACUCACACUCGGGACGAUUCCUCGGUCCUACUAGAAAAACUUCGAGCGCGGCCUAUUGAACGAAUUGCAGUCUAUCUUCGUCUGGACAGCUUGGCCAGUGUGUGCAGUUUUGUUGGCCUUCUCGGAACACGUGGGAAACUACAAGACAACGCUCCUCGUACGCAUUAUUCUAAACGAACUACGCCGGUCCGAUCAGAGUCUUCAGCAGAGAGUCAGACUGACAACCCUGAAUCCGAAGAGAGUACACUUCUGCAUGCGCAUGGAAUUCGGCUGAUGGAACUUACCGAUCGUAUAUCCAGCACGAUGCAGGUGUCCGAGAUUCAAGAAUAUUCUACUUGGGACCCUGUUGUUAACGUCUUCCGAUCUUUCGGCCAGAUCAAUAGUAUUCCCUCGGAAGGUCGUGUCUCGGUCGUUCCGGAAAGCUCAUAUGCAGAUGCAGUUACUGAUAUGGCUCGCGACACCUCAUCUGACUUGCUCCUUGUGCCAUGGAGUGCUAGCGGUAGUAUGAGCGAUCGCCAGAGUGUAUGGAGUGUAGAAGAUUCAUCGACCCGUGUCAAUGCUUCCUAUCCUACUUUUGUUUAUGAUAUCCUCAACCGUUCCUCAGUUGGAAAUGUUGGUAUCCUCAUUGACAGGGCUCUGGAAAUUCCGAACAAAGACCGCCCCAGUAUGGAGCGGUCCACUAGUUCACGAACUGUCCCCAAUAUUCGCACCAACUUGGCUUCUUUGACAACUAGAAAGCGUGAGCAGCACAUCCUUCUUCUGUACAUUGGCGGCGCCGAUGAUCGUUUUGCACUGCGCCUCGUCCUUCAACUGGCCCAAAAUGAAGACGUAACAGCGACUAUUGUCCACAUUGAUGCCUCGAGCCUUCAGGAAGUUUCGACACCUGAAACUGCCGGUGCAAGCUCUUCUGCCGUUCCUUCUUUGUCCAAGACAGAAACGGAGUCUGAUGCUGUAUUUUUUGCUUCGCUUCGUGACUCUCUUCCAGCCGAAUUAUCUUCACGAGUCGUCUUCCGCAAAGAAUCCUUAGCAAGCAAUGCCGCCACUGUCGUUGGCUUCGCUGUUGGCAUUGCUCAAAAUGAGGCUAGCCAAGCCCAUAGCGAGGCCAACCAGAUGGUUAUUGUCGGGCGCCGCAGUGUUGGCGGCGAAACUCUAUCCGUUGAUCCCAGUGGAGAGGCUGACACACAAAAGGCAUUGGGAACGGUUGGCGACGCACUUGUUCGUAGGGGUGUCAAAUCUAGUGUUUUGGUAUUGCAAGGUGCGGCACAGUGA